AUGGAUUCCGGUGAAAUUGCCCGGAUCAUUCAAGAAGGAAUUACAACUGGCCUGCAACGUAAUGCUCGAGGGUCAACAGGCUUCACCUUUAACACUCCAUUCACACCAGAGAUAUUGACAUAUCCCCUGCCCGACAGAUUCAAGUAUCCUCGCAUUAAAGAGUAUGAUCGAACGACCGACCCCAUCAACCAUCUCAAUGUAUACACUGAUGUCAUGAACUUGCAAGUUGCGCCGGAUCAGGUUAUGUGCAAAGCCUUUCCACAAACGCUGACUAAUGCUGCUAGGGAUUGCAAGCGAAUUAGGAAGACCGCGGCCUCUCUCAUGCAACUUCGCCAGGGACCAACCGAAACCCUGCGAGGAUUUAUAACAAGGUUCAACAAGGAAAGGCUUCAAAUACCCGACCUCCACAUCACAGCAGCUGUCUCUGCCCUCACUUACGCCGUAAGAUGUGAAGGUUUCGAGAUGUCUUUAUCAAAGACCCCGUCGCAGACAGUAACUGAGCUCCUCACCCGAGCUGAAAAAUACAUCAAUAAGGAGGAAACACUAAAUCCAAGGAGACCUGGUCCUUCUCAUGAAAAGACCGAGAACAAAAGGCAACAUGAUCCCGUCCCCAGGCAUGAGGUUCCUCGGGAUAAGCGCAGGAUCGAGGCGCCAUCAGCACCUCUCACUCGAUUGAACACUUCUAUGACAAAUAUUUUGAUGGAGGUUAAGGAUAUUAAAGAAUUAAAGUGA